AUGUCUACCCCUUUUGAGGAACGGAGUGGAGUGGUUCUGUGCGGGACGCCGUGGGGCCAGUGGUAUCAGACCCUGGAGGAGGUGUUCAUUGAAGUUCUGGUUCCUCCAGGCACUCGCGCCCGGGAUAUCCAGUGCGGCCUGCAGAGCCGUCAUGUGGCGCUGGCUGUGGGUGGCCGCGAGAUCCUCAAGGGUAAACUCUUUGAUUCUACAAUAGCUGAUGAGGGAACAUGGACUUUAGAGGACAGAAAAAUGGUUCGUAUUGUUCUUACGAAGACAAAGAGAGAUGCAGCAAACUGUUGGACUUCUCUUCUAGAAUCUGAAUAUGCGGCUGAUCCUUGGGUGCAAGACCAAAUGCAGAGAAAACUUACCUUGGAGAGAUUCCAGAAAGAAAAUCCUGGUUUUGACUUCAGUGAAGCAGAAAUUUCAGGAAACUACACUAAAGGUGGACCAGAUUUCUCAAAUCUUGAAAAAUAACUGUU